AUGGAAGCUCUCUUCUCCGCAAUCCUAGGAGAGCUGGCCACAAGAUCCCUCUCCUUCUUGAUCGACAGAUGCUCCUCCAGCCCGCCGCCGCCGCCGUCGAUGGAGGAGAAGAUCCAGAGGCUGGAAAGGAUGCUGCUCCGGCUCGCCGUCGCCGUGGAAGACGCCGAGGGGAGGUGCAUCACAAGCCGUGCCAUGCUUCGUCAGCUCAACAUGCUACGGCGAGAUAUGCACAGAGGCUACUACCUUCUCGACACCUUCAGACUGCAGCAAGCCGACGAGGACGACGACAAAGUGAGUUGCGACACCUUAGCUCUGUCUAAAUUCAACCCUGCCAAGCGUGUCAGAGUCCCUGUUGGUAGUAGCAGACGAAUUGGAUGCAAGGGAGAGAUUGAACAGUUGCUUGACGAAAUAGAGAUCACCAUUGCUGACAUGGUGGAGUUUGUUCUACUCGUGAGCAAUUACCCUUGCAUCCAUCGCCAGCCAUACAACACCUACAUCUUCAUGGACAAGUGCAUGUUUGGGCGCCAGAUGGAGAUGGAACAGGUCAUCAACUUCUUGUUGCAUCCAGAGCCCUCAAACCUUGGCGUCUUGCCGAUCAUCGGCGCAGCAAAGGUUGGGAAGAGCACGCUUGUUGAGCAUGUGUGCUAUGACGAGAGGGUUCGCAAACACUUCUCUCGCAUCAUCUUUCUUACUGACAGCGAUUUCAGGGAGGAAACAUCAUUGCUUAACUUGAGUGAUUCAGGAGUGAUCAGGCAUAAACAUAGCUCAUCUUCAGCUUCAAAUGUAGAAGAAAGGUUAUUGGUUGUUAUUGAGCUAAUUGGAGACUUUGCCAAUCACGAAUGGGGACAGAUGUUCUCUUCUUCUUCUCAAAGUUGCAGUUCUUCAGCUGGAAGUAAAAUCAUAAUCACAAGCCGGUCAGAGAAGAUCGCAAAGUACGGAACAACACAACCUCUGCAUCUGAAAUUCCUGUCCCGAGAAGCUUUCUGGUACUUCUUCAAGGUGCUCGCCUUUGGAAGCUCAGAUCCUAAAGAGCACCCGAAUGCAGAAUCCCUGUCGAUGGUGCUGUUCAAUGGGUACUUCGACAGUGAGCUCUGCAAGAGCUUCGUUGGGCCAUUCAUAGACCUGAACAACAUGGCAGGCUUGAUCCAAGCCACCAUCUGUGGAGGAGACUGGCUCCUCGCUCGUGAGCGUGUCAGGAAUCAUUUCAUGAUCAACAAAGGCUUGGCUGACACUGGGCUGGAGAGCAGGUGUGUGUUCUAUCUGAAGUCAGAUGGAGCUGCACACUACUACUGUGAGUUCAUCGAGCAGUGCCGAGUAGGGCAGCGUGUCCAUGAGCAAGAAGACGAUGCUUCCAAACUCGAUAUGCAAGAUGUGCUCUACGAGAGAUCUCCAUCGUCUCUUGGGAGAUUCAAUCUUGUGCUCUGGACAUCUCGGCUGCCACCAUAUCACAGCUACGUAUAUAGUUGUCAGAUCCAUGAGUACAAGUCUGUAUUACCUACUAUGGUGAAGAGCCGACAGAAGAGGAGGAUUUCGGUUUAG